AUGUCAUCAUUCAAACGGACAUGUAGGCUCACGACACAACACUGCCAUCGACAUCAUCCAAAUGGACCCGCAGGCUCGCAAUACAUCACCAAUAUCGCUAUCAUCCAAAUGGACAUCUCAAACUUCCGGCUUCUACUUGCUCAACUCCUCAAUUGCAGAUCCAAAAAACGGGAAGGAGGACAUUUCGGCCAUACUGCUGCAGAAUUUGUACACCAGAAAGAGGAGAGAUUAGAAGCCACUUCAAUGGUAUUCUCAUCUUCAUCUGUAUAUGUAAAAUCCUCAAAUCCUCAACAUGUGUUUCUGAUAAUACUAGUCAAUGAACUUGUGAUCUUCAGCCUAAAUAGAAAGCUGUCUUCUGCUGCCAGCUGCUACAUGGUCACAUUAAUAAGCAAAUGUGUUUCCAAAGGAGAUUUUUUGAUGCCUUGUGUAUCAGAUGAUCUGUAG